AGGUUCCUAACAAAAACGGGAUAAAGAAGAAAACCACUAGAGUAUCUCUGACCAUCAGUUCCCCUGUUAAUGAAACCUCCAAUAUCAGAUCAAGUUAUUCUACCUUAGUUCAACCACUGUGUAUUGACCCCCAGAGGAUGCAGAGUCCCUGCAGCAGCCUGUCGGGAUCCACUUGUGUAGUAGCCCCUGUGUUUACCAAGCAUCUUCAAGACAUCUCUACAACCAGAGGUCAGUGUGUCGUGUUUGAAUGCCGAGUCCAGGCCACAGCCACAGUUCAAGUUCACUGGUACAGAGAGAAAGAGCAGAUAGCAGACUCAGAUGACUUCCGAAUUCUGAGAAAAAGUACAGUGAUAAGCUUUUGAAUUUACUUUUCAUUCUGAUUAACUUUGAAAUCUAAUUCAUGUUUUAAUGUUUAAUAGCUGAUU